AUUAUUUAAUUUAUGCCUCAAAGCAAGAGAAAUUUAAAUAUUUUUCACGUUUUUCACUUUCACAUAAUUUAAUUUGCAUAAUUUAAUAAGUUUUAAAUUAUAAUAUUAGUCUACUACCUAUGAGAAUACCAAAACUUAGUGAAUAUAGAGAAUUGAGGAAAGUUGCAUCGCCAGCCAACAAUCAAAGCCCUGUUAGCCCACUCGAUUUGAACAAAACUGAAGAGGGCAAUGUCAAAGGACCCAAAGAAAUUGUCAGGCUCAAGAGGGAGGUGGGUCUCAUCGGAGGCACCGCCAUUAUAGUCGGCACCAUGAUAGGUUCGGGUAUAUUCAUAACCCCUGUGGGGGUCCUGCGCAGUUCGGGCUCGGUUGGUAUGUCUCUUAUAGUAUGGUUUGCCAGCGGUUUGCUUUCCAUGAUGGGAGCUCUGUGCUACGCCGAGCUAGGGACUCUUGUACCGAAAUCUGGUGGCGAAUAUGCUUAUUUACUGCAGGCUUUCAACGUACCUGCCGACCGAAGGAAAAUGUUUCCAGGAGAUAGCGAUAUGGAUAAAAAUCUUGUCCUCGACAAAACGACCGAGAAAGAAAAAAGUGGAUGUCGCGGACAGUGUUCAUCCAGAAAGAUGUGGGGUCCCAUACCAGCCUAUUUGUUCGCCUGGACCACGCUUACCAUACUCAAAACGGCGGCCAUGGCUGUGAUAGCUAUGACCUUCGCCGAGUAUUCGGUCACCGCCCUGGCUUUCAUUGUCAGUGGAACCUCGAAAAACGACGGGAAAAAUUGCGCUUCAAAAACGGCCGGGUCCGGAAUGGGCCUCGAUAACGGCCCCGGUUAUAACGAGAUGGCCGUUAAGAGAAUGGUAGCCAUAUCCGCUCUUUGUCUAAUAAGCUUUGUGAAUUGCUUCAGCGUCAAGCUAGCCACCAAAAUGCAAACCUUUUUUACGUUCUGCAAAAUUCUAGCCUUAUUGCUAAUCAUAAUCGGUGGUCUGAUAAGGAUACAUCAAGGAUAUACCCAUGAUUUAGAGAGAGGCUUUGCAAACACAAAUUGGAACCCUUCCCAAAUAGCUUUGGCCUUUUACAGCGGUCUUUGGGCCUACGAUGGAUGGAACAAUCUAAAUUUCUUGGCCGAAGAAAUCGCCGAACCAAACAAGAAUAUACCUCGAUCCAUAAUGAUUGGCAUCCCAUUAGUUACCGUUCUUUAUGUAAUGACCAAUGUUGCCUAUUUAACGGUACUAUCUCCCGCAAGGAUGCUGACAUCAAAUGCUGUCGCAGUGGAUUGGUCUUUGACUAUGUUCGGCUUCAAGUAUUUUUGGAUCAUUCCCGUUUGCGUGUCGUUUUCGACGUUCGGAGCCAUAAACGGCGAAUUAUUAGCCGCCAGCAGGGUUUGCUACGUAGCAGCUCGGGAGAGACACUUAAUGCAUUUACUAUCUUACGUACAUAUAACCCGUAUCACGCCAGCCCCAGCCAUCCUAUUCGCCACGCUUAUAUCUAUCAUCAUGAUAUUGAUGGGUAACAUAGACAGUUUGAUUGAUUUUUUCAGUUUUGCCGUUUGGAUAUUUUAUGGGUUAACGAUGGUGGCUCUUCUCAGGCUUAGAUAUUCAAUGCCACACGCAGUUAGACCAUACAAAGUUUUCAUAGGAAUUCCCAUCAUCGUGCUUCUGGUGGCUGUCUACCUAGUCAUCGCUCCUAUCAUAAGAGAUCCCGCUAUAGAAUACCUUUAUGCAACCCUUUUCAUACUUUGUGGUCUUUUGCUCUAUAUACCCUUCGUCUAUCUCAAGUUACACCUUUCUUGCAUAGAUAAAUUGACGACUUUCCUUCAACUUCUGCUGGAAGUAUCUCCCGAGGAUGUAGAUUUCAGUGAAUCUGGAAUUCCAAUGGAUAGUCCUACAGAGAAAUCCUCCAAUGAUCAUUCACUCAGUCCCUCUACUUUUAAUGGGAAUAAUCUACAAACUAACGUAUAUGCUAGCGAGAAACUCUAAUUAGAGAAUCAAAUAAAGGAGUAUUUAAAAAAACCAGUUUUCUGAUUGAUGAUUACCUUGUAAAAACUUUUACCCUCGCAAAUCGUCUAAAAUGCACCAAUUUUAAAUGUAUUAUUAUGUUCCACAUAUAUAAUAGAUAAAUGUUAAAUUCUUUUUUUUUUGAAAAGCUAAUUAAGUUUUUCUAAAUUUACAUAAAACUUUACUAUAAUAAUUUUUAGAAAUAUAUAUUUUACAAUUAUUUUUUUUUUACUAAUCCUUAAUACUC